AUGUCAAGAGGUGUUAGCAGGUUCCAUAGUUCACGUUCUCCUGUCAGGAGUGUGUCUAGAUGGUCAUCUUUCGGUCAAAACCCAAAACGUGGAAAAUUAGGAAUGGACAUGGAUUUCGCGGCUCCUGACUGGAAAUCGGCAGAACUACCAAAGUUCGAAAAGAAAUUCUACCAGGAGCAUCCACUGUCAGCUUCUAGAUCUGAGGAAGAAGUAGAGGCGUUCCGCAAAAAGUAUAAGAUGUCACUUUCUGGAAGAGAUGUCCCUCGUCCUGUACUGUCAUUCAAUGAAUUGAACGUCCCUGAUUACAUACUUAGUGUGAUAGCUAAGAAUGGAUGGCAGCUUCCUACUCCAAUCCAGUCACAAGGAUGGCCUAUGGCGCUUUCCGGUCGUGAUGUAGUUGGGAUCGCUCAGACAGGUUCAGGGAAGACAGCAUCAUUUUUGCUUCCAGCUGUCAUUCAUAUAAUGGCACAGCCGCGAUUAUUGCACAAUGAAGGCCCAAUAUGCUUAGUCCUUGUUCCCACUAGAGAACUCGCACAGCAAGUACUUACUGUGGCUAAAGAAUUUGCUGAUGCUGCGAGCUUACGCGCUAUGUGCUUCUACGGUGGUUCUGCCAAAGGCACGCAGUUUCGCGAAAUGCAGAAAGGUGGUGAAAUCUGUAUCGCAACUCCUGGGCGGCUUAUUGACUUUAUCCGAGUUCAAAGAAAUCUUUUAUCUAGAGUAACUUAUUUGGUACUGGAUGAAGCGGACAGAAUGUUAGAUAUGGGAUUUGAACCUCAAAUCCGUAAGAUUAUCAGCCACACACGUCCUGACCGCCAGACGCUCAUGUGGUCUGCGACGUGGCCAAGAGAAGUGCAAACACUAGCCAGAGAAUUCCUCACUGACUAUAUACAAGUCAAUAUCGGGUCUGUAUCGCUUCACGCCAACCCCAAUAUCACACAAAUAGUUGAAAUAAUGGACGAUUGGAGUAAGGAACAGCGGCUUAUCGAACUUCUUGCCAGUUUCGGACGGGCACGUACACUUGUAUUUGUUGAGACAAAACGGCGGACUGAUCAGUUAACAAAUUCGCUUAGGCGUCGUGGGUUUUAUGUAGAAGCGAUGCAUGGCGGAAAGCAACAAAGGGAUAGAGAGCUCACUCUUGCAAGUUUUAAAAGUGGAAGGAUGAACAUAUUGGUAGCUACAGAUGUUGCUUCUCGUGGUCUUGAUAUCGACAACAUCGAGUACGUAGUCAACUUUGAUUUCCCUAAUCAGACUGAGGAUUACAUUCAUCGCAUAGGGCGGACUGCCCGUAGUGACAAGACAGGAACGGCAUUCACUUUUUUCACGUACAAGAACGUAAGACAAGCUCGUGAUCUGAUUGACAUACUAGAUGAAGCUAAUCAAGAAAUAAGUCCAGAGCUCAUUCAACUGGCUGGGCUGUCCAGUUACCUCCGGAAGUCUAGCACAAUAAAAAAAAAUCCAUCAGCCUUCCAACAAAAGCCACCUGGUCGUAUUACUGGCUUUGGGAAUUCAUCUACAAGCUUCCCAACACAAGAUAUUAGAACUGUCAACUCUGGAAUUUCAUAUCAAAAUGGUUCAUCUGCUAUGAAUAAAGUUAAUCCAGCUGCUGAAAAUCCUCACUUGCCAACUGGCCAGUUUUCCACAACGUUCAAAUCUACUAGCGACCAGUUCGUUGGUGGUCGCAAACCCACUCUUAGUAGUCAGACUACUUAUGGAGGACUACCACAGCCCAUUCCUGUAAAUGACACUCAUGUUGAAGCUAGCUUUUCGAAGACUAGUGUGCCUAGCUGUGUAAAUCUCUCAGUGAAUGAGACAGGGAAAUGGGAUAGGCAUGUCAGUACGGAGAAAGUUAGUUCUAUAUUAACUACACCUAUUCCUGUCGUUCAGAAUUCAAGUAUAGUAAAUGAAGCAGGUGAUCAACAAUGGCUCACUAAUCAGUGGGGGACCACCAAAAAUCAGGUCCAAACUAAUUGGAAUCCAUCAAUUCCUGACGCUUUGUCAGCCAAUGGUUCGUUUGCUCAGCGUUCUGUUGGUCAAGAUCCUAAACGGCCGACGCUUAUGGAUCCGUCUGCAUCGCAUGUCAAUUUAGUAAAUCCCAGCAAUGAUGUAAUCGUACCGGGUAUUAGACCUCGAGGUACCGUAAACAAAUUGAAUGGGCCCUCGACAAAUAUUCCCCAAUAUGUACAGCCAUGGCCAGGUUUUGUUUCAAAUCCCUAUUCAUAUGCCGCGCCACUCCCUACUGCUACGGACGUACCAGCUACACUUAACUGGGGUUCUGGAUGGACUCCAAACUUUCAUGGAGGUUAUUAA